AUGAGGAACAUAAUGUCUAAGUUCAAGUUGGGUGGCCAGAUCCUUGUGGAUAGCAGCUUGGCCCAGAUGACACUGAGCGACAUGAGAUUUGGGCUUGGAGCUUUGCAGGUAUCCUGGGACCAGGUGAAGCUUGCCAUGCGACAGCCUGUCAACAUCGAUGUCGAGAACUUUAGCCUGGACGAGCUUUUCCAGCUCUUCUCGGAGUUUGCAGGCAUGUUGGAUGACAGUGCUGCGAGGGCAGUCAGCAACUGCGAGGUCUUGUCCAGUGUGCUGUCGAAGUUUGUCCUGAGCGGCCAGCUGUGCCUCGACGGCCGAGAAGGAAAGAUCAGUGUGAAGGAUGCAAAGUUCCACCUGCAUGCCCUGAAGAUCGAUUGGGAGCAGGUGCGAGAUUGGGCAACGAAACGGAUCGAAAUCGACCUUGAGAAGGUCACCCUUGACAGUUUGCUGGAUUCUUUGAAGAAUUUGGUUGGUUGCAUUGAUGAGAGCGCCAACGAAGCCAUCAUCUCCUUCCAAGAUCACGCGAUUAUGAAGCUACUCUCAAAAUUCAAGUUGGGUGGCCAGAUCUUUGUGGAAAGCAACUCGCGCCAGAUGACACUGAGCGACAUGAGAUUUGGGCUUGGAGCUUUGCAGGUAUCCUGGGAUCAGGUGAAGCUUGCCAUGCGACAGCCUGUCAACAUCGAUGUUGAGAACUUUAGCCUGGACGAGCUUUUCCAGCUCUUCUCGGAGUUUGCAGGCAUGUUGGAUGACAGUGCUGCGAGGGCAGUCAGCAACUGCGAGGUCUUGUCCAGUGUGCUGUCGAAGUUUGUCCUGAGCGGCCAGCUGUGCCUCGACGGCCGAGAAGGAAAGAUCAGUGUGAAGGAUGCAAAGUUCCACCUGCAUGCCCUGAAGAUCGAUUGGGAGCAGGUGCGAGAUUGGGCAACGAAACGGAUCGAAAUCGACCUUGAGAAGGUCACCCUUGACAGUUUGCUGGAUUCUUUGAAGAAUUUGCUUGGUUGCAUUGAUGAGAGCGCCAACGAAGCCAUCAUCUCCUUCCAAGAUCACGCGAUUAUGAAGCUACUCUCAAAAUUCAAGUUGGGUGGCCAGAUCUUUGUGGAAAGCAACUCGCGCCAGAUGACACUGAGCGACAUGAGAUUUGGGCUUGGAGCUUUGCAGGUAUCCUGGGAUCAGGUGAAGCUUGCCAUGCGACAGCCUGUCAACAUCGAUGUCGAGAACUUUAGCCUGGACGAGCUUUUCCAGCUCUUCUCGGAGUUUGCAGGCAUGUUGGAUGACAGUGCUGCGAGGGCAGUCAGCAACUGCGAGGUCUUGUCCAGUGUGCUGUCGAAGUUUGUCCUGAGCGGCCAGCUGUGCCUCGACGGCCGAGAAGGAAAGAUCAGUGUGAAGGAUGCAAAGUUCCACCUGCAUGCCCUGAAGAUCGAUUGGGAGCAGGUGCGAGAUUGGGCAACGAAACGGAUCGAAAUCGACCUUGAGAAGGUCACCCUUGACAGUUUGCUGGAUUCUUUGAAGAAUUUGGUUGGUUGCAUUGAUGAGAGCGCCAACGAAGCCAUCAUCUCCUUCCAAGAUCACGCGAUUAUGAAGCUACUCUCAAAAUUCAAGUUGCGUGGCCAGAUCUUUGUGGAAAGCAACUCGCGCCAGAUGACACUGAGCGACAUGAGAUUUGGGCUUGGAGCUUUGCAGGUAUCCUGGGACCAGGUGAAGCUUGCCAUGCGACAGCCUGUCAACAUCGAUGUCGAGAACUUUAGCCUGGACGAGCUUUUCCAGCUCUUCUCGGAGUUUGCAGGCAUGUUGGAUGACAGUGCUGCGAGGGCAGUCAGCAACUGCGAGGUCUUGUCCAGUGUGCUGUCGAAGUUUGUCCUGAGCGGCCAGCUGUGCCUCGACGGCCGAGAAGGAAAGAUCAGUGUGAAGGAUGCAAAGUUCCACCUGCAUGCCCUGAAGAUCGAUUGGGAGCAGGUGCGAGAUUGGGCAACGAAACGGAUCGAAAUCGACCUUGAGAAGGUCACCCUUGACAGUUUGCUGGAUUCUUUGAAGAAUUUGGUUGGUUGCAUUGAUGAGAGCGCCAACGAAGCCAUCAUCUCCUUCCAAGAUCACGCGAUUAUGAAGCUACUCUCAAAAUUCAAGUUGGGUGGCCAGAUCUUUGUGGAAAGCAACUCGCGCCAGAUGACACUGAGCGACAUGAGAUUUGGGCUUGGAGCUUUGCAGGUAUCCUGGGAUCAGGUGAAGCUUGCCAUGCGACAGCCUGUCAACAUCGAUGUCGAGAACUUUAGCCUGGACGAGCUUUUCCAGCUCUUCUCGGAGUUUGCAGGCAUGUUGGAUGACAGUGCUGCGAGGGCAGUCAGCAACUGCGAGGUCUUGUCCAGUGUGCUGUCGAAGUUUGUCCUGAGCGGCCAGCUGUGCCUCGACGGCCGAGAAGGAAAGAUCAGUGUGAAGGAUGCAAAGUUCCACCUGGGGUCUUUGACUUUCUGUUGGGAGGAUGUCACAAGAGCUCUACAUGAACGAGUCGAGGUUCGCUUCCAGAGGCUUACCCUCAGCCAUCUUAUGACUGUCAUGUCCGAGGCAGCAGCUCUUUUUGACGUAGAGUCCAGCUCCUGCAUCAACCAACUGCAGCCCCUUUGUGACCAACAUCCUGCGCUUGAAGUUGUUGUCUCGAAGUUCGGGUUAUCUGGUUAUCUCUGCCUGUCAAGCCAGCCCAAAGACCUCCGAGUCCAUAGCAUCGAGUUGCAGAUUGGCCUGAAGGUUUCAAUUCCUCUAUCAAAGAUCAUUGGCUCAGUGGGCGCAGGUAUGGAAAUUGAGGUUGAAGAGCUGACCUUUGAGGACCUCGAAGAGUUUACCAAGACAUUUCGUGACAAGUCGGCUGGCAUGAAAGCCAUCGAUGGCAUGCAUGAGAUUUUCAAGAGCAGUGACGCGCUAAAGAAGUUCCUGAAGGACGUCUCGAUCUCUUGCAAAGUCGUUCUUGGUCAAGGCCUGGAUGUCCAGAACUUGAAAGUCCGAGUCCUGAACCUGUUCAUGUAUGCAGACACGGACAAUCCCAAGACUGUUGCCUUCGACUUUGGCAAAAAAGGCAUUGCUUUUCAUGAUGCUAUGCGUGCAGCGCAAGAAGGCAUCAUGACGAAGGUCCCGAGCGGCUCCAAGGCUCUAGGGACCGUAGGGCCCACGGUCCAUGAUUGCACGCAGAAGGUGCAGUUUCUAAAGAGCCGCAGCGGUCAGGAAUUGCUGUUUAACCUCCGCGCAGAAUACUCGAAGGAGAAAGGCUUCGCCUUGUGCUUUGUAGAGGCCACCGCCCAUUUCGAUGCGGAUUGCAUCGGCAUCAAGGACUGCGCUUUUGUUGGUCGCUACGUCAAAGACAAGGACAUCGCGAAAGAGUUCUGCGCAGAAUUCCCCCAGCAGCUCUGUUCACAAACGUUGUAUGUGAAAGGCGUGUCCAAAGUUGGGGCAUCUCGUUUGCCAGAGGACUUUGUCCUGGCCGCAAAAGUGAAACGACUUGAGUUGGAGAAGAUGAUGACAGGAGCUCGCACAGACGAGUUCGCGCGCACUCGUGGCCGGGUUGUUGUCAAGCCGAUAGUCACAAAGGUGAGCUAUCAGGCUGAAGAUCGUUCCGGGCUUGUUAUCAUUUAUACCAAGAAAGGCCGGCAGCCUUUGGAUUUGAUCCAAUGCUUUUGCAUCACUCCGGAGGUGUCCGGCUUCUUCAGAGACAUUGGUCUCCACAUAGUGGUUAAAUGGUUCAUUUUCUCGCACGGAUGGAGAGCAGAUGCGUCGAAAUUGGAGGAUGUGCAGCAGCAGGACAGGCAAGAAAUCGCAGAAGCUUUGCAAGAGCAAGGCUGCGUGGAGAGCUUCGUGGCCUUCAAAAUCAAAGUGUCUGUGAACGGUCCUUUCUGGCAAAUGCUGAAGUGCGGAGAGGUUGAUCUGGAAGCUCUGAUGGUGUGGGUUAGUUCACGCCCAUUUCCGUCCGUGACCAUCGCCCUAAUGCAGGCAGAUUUCAUGUGCUUGGCAGCGACUGGCUGUGUCGUGGUGGAGGGCAAGGAGAAGCUCACAGGUGCAUUGAAGUUAGACUUCAAGGAUCCGAAAAAGGUGACCAGAGCUGUGUUGGAGGCAUCCCUGGAGUACCACCCGACCGAUCAAUUUGUCAAGGCGUCCUUAGCGGUUGACGGUGCCAAGGGCUCUGCCAUCAACCUCGGCCACUGGGUGCCUAUAUUGGAUUGGAUUGAAUUCUAUGGAAUUGAAGGCUCGAUCGAGACGAAGCUCACAGAACUGCAAUCUGCAAGUUUCACUCUCUCAGCUGGUAUUCGUUUCGUCUUUGGCGGAAAGUCCAGCAAGCCAGAUGCCACUUAUGAGUUUAGUAUCAGCUAUGCGCCGUCAGAUCCGGAUUUGGCAGCUUUCUAUGGAAUCGGUCUCGUCUACGUGUACAAUGAUAGCUUCAGGAUGUCGAUGUUGCUGCGGGGCUUGUUUCACCUGCCCGAAGGUGUCUACAAACCUUUGACCUGGGUGGAACAGUGGUUUUGCCCGCUUCAGCGUUUCGGCAUGCUGGCAAAACAGAACAGGCAUGAGCUGUCACUGCCAGCAAUGAAGCUGAGUGAUGAACAACGUGAUGAAAGAAACAUGAUCGUCAGCUUCCUGAAGACAAACGGAAUCACAGGUAAGGAUCAACGGAUCUAUGCUGUGCAGGCAACGUGGAAGCUUCUUGGAUUUGAAGCUACCGUAUUUGCCGCGCUUUGCAUGCCCUAUGUGGGAACGAGCAGCAUGCAAGAUUUGCCGGAGCAAGCUGUCAAGGCAGCGAAGCAAAGCCUGAAAGGUUCGUUGAUGGCCACGCCGCAAGACCAAGGAUCUGCAAUGCAGGGAAUUCAAGCAGAGUUCUUCUUGCGCAUCAAGCCAUGGAAGGUCAGCAUCGGGGACCUCCCAAUUCUGCGAAUUACCGGUACAAAGUCCGAUUCUGACCCGCUGCAGGCGGUUGUCAGAGUUGGUGGUAAAGCCGGGGAUGAGCUGUACUUCUGUCUUGAUGCAAAGAUUGUGCUGUUCCCAGGGGGUAUGGAGUUUGUGGCAGAGGCUUUUGUGGAGUUCCAGAAGGGAGGUGGGAAGAACGGAAACAAGAAGCAACCUCGGCUGACGACACCAGACCAUUAA